GAUCGUUCUUACUCUCAGGCUAUGGGAAAUCAAAUGAACCCUGGUACUAAUCGACCAUCAUCGAAGAAUGCAAAGAACGACAGAAAGGGUUCCUUCUCGACCUAGAUGGAUUGAAUGUUGAAUUCUUGAAGAUGGUUGAAACCACUUUCUUCAUGGGUUCCAAUAAUAGUCGUAUUAGGUCAGCAGUAAUCUCAACUAGACCAGAAAUGAAAGAUGAUAUCUCUGCAAUAUCCAAGAUUUCUUCUGAAUCAUCAGCAUUACAGUUGGCUGAAGAUAAAGUCAAAAAAUAUGAAGCUCGCAUACAGUCUUUAGAAAAAACACUUCAAGAAUAUCAAACAUAUACACCACCAUCUCGUUUGUCAAACAAAGGAACGACUAUCGAAGAACAUCGCAACAACCUACUUACAAUUGAUCCUUCAAAAUCUGGAAGUCAUGGUUCCUCUAUAUUUUCAGUAUUGGAGAAUGAUAUGGAAAAUGAAACUGGGCUUGAUACGGCAAACAAUGGUAAAGACAAGACUGUGACGGAAGAACAGGUAUCGAAACUUCAACAAGAGAUAGCGAACCUGCAAGAAACUGUUCAACAACGAGAAGCAUUUAUUGGGAAAAUGCAUGAACAGUUACUUCGUGAACAGCAAAUGCAUCAGCAGUAUCAGGACCAGUCAGAACAUGAUAAAGAAGAUCUGCGACUUCAAAUACAAGAAUAUGAGCAGUUGUUGGAAGAAGAAAGGCAAACGUAUGAAGAUAACCGCAAAAGUUUUAUGAGGGAAGCACAGAUAAAAGACAACUUGACUGAUAUACGAAUUGCUGAUAUUGAGACGGAAUUGAAAACAAAGCUCAAACACUUGACAGAAACUGUUGAAGCAGAACAAAAACAAAAGGCUGAAUUGGGAACUCGGCAUGAGCAAGAACUAUUAGAAUUGAAGGAAACCCACAAAAAGGAAUUGGCUAUGGCAAUUCAACAUGUAGAGGACAAUCAUAAGGUUGAAAAAUCGAAACUGGAAAAAGCCUUGGAAACUCUUCGGCAGGAAUACAUGGAUUAUCGACAAGAAACUACAGCAUCGAAACAAGAAGCGGAUGAAAAAUGGAAUCAACUGGUUUCAGAAAUGAACAAUAGUGAAGAAGCUAGGAAUGAAAUCAAGCAACGACUUGCUCAGGCAAGAGAUAUGGUGUCAAGAGCCGAAAACGACUGGAUGGAAAAACAAGAAGCAUUGGAAAAGCUUAAAAGUAUCCACGAUAAUGCCUGUACAAUUAUUCUUGGCUUGGUGACCAAACUCAAUUCUGAACUUACGAGAUCCUUAUAUAAGCGUGAAGAUGAUGACAUUAUCAGUUUGCUUGAUAUUCUGACUCGUGAAUUGGAUGUGGUGGUGGUGGAUAUGAAAGAUGCCCAGCAGAAAAUUGGUGUUUUGGAGAACAACUAUAACGAGGCGUGUCAACAAUUUGAAAUUGUGAACGAAGAAAAAAUGGAAUGGCACUCCCUUUCUGUCCAUAUGGCGCAAAAAUUGGAUGAUGUACGCAGAAAUAUCAUCUUUGAAGUGACCAAUCAACUCCAAUUACCUGUGGAUGAAGAUGAAGCGGGUGCAAUGACCAGAAAAAUUAUUUCUUUGGACUCGACGACGGAACAGCAAGAUACCUCUAUUUAUAAUGACAUUCUUAUGGCUGCCAAUGUCAUCGAUAGUGCAAAAUUUGUAUCAAAAAUUCGUAAAAAGGUUAGAAAUGCUCAUGAACUGACUAGACGAUGGCAAAAAGAAUACAAAGAUCUCAAAGAAAAAUAUUCCAAGUUGACGAAUUCAGCACAUGAAAAGAUAGCCUUCCGAAAUUUCAAAGUGGGAGAUGUGGCACUAUUUCUUCCAACACGAAACUCUACGGGGAAACCAUGGGCAGCUUUCAACAUCAACGCUCCACACUACUUUUUGAAACCAUCCGAAGCUAUAGCAAAUCAGAUGAAUUCGCGUGAAUGGAUUGUUGCUAGGAUUACUUCUAUUACAGAAUGUGUAGUCAAUGCGCAGGAUCCAAAAACUAACCCAUAUGGACUUUCGGAUCAGCUUGUAUUUUAUCAGCUAGAAGUGGAGAAUUGGCGCAAUGCAAGGCAGAGACAUCAUCAUAAAAAAUCAAGGCAGGACAAAUCGGCUACAGCGUCAGAAGAAUCAUCAUCAUCAGCUACACCGACAACAGAUACUACCACCAUCAAUCCUACGGUCCAGCGACGUUAUACUUUACCGAACAUCAAUAAUCGAGAUAUUGGAUUAGCUAGUAUAUCGUCAUCAUUGAUCGAGAAAUCGCCACAAACUGGAUCACCCACCACCUCCAUCUCUCAGCAAACAUCAUUACCAUCGAACGGAUCUAUACCAAUAUCCUCAUCCUAUCAACAGCAAGAACAAUAUGGACCAUUGAUUUCAACUUCACCACCUUUGUCAUCAUCAGUAGCUUCAUCUUCACGACCUUCACCAUUUCAGUUCGCGCGCGGAGCAUCCAGCAACAUAGUACAUAGUACUACAGUAUCUUCACCUGCAUUGUCUGGUGGACAAGAUUUGAAUCAUUCUCGCCGUGGUGGUACAGAAAACCUAAAUGAUAUGUCUCAAACUGGCGACCCGACUUCUUUUUCAUCAAGUAUUGACCCUUCGCUGAUUUGGACUUCCGGUGAAUGAUGGAUGAACUAGUAGAAUUGCAAAUAGUUUAGAUAAUCGGAUGGAAGGUGUUUAUUAGUACAGUUUAUUACUUUUUUUUUAUAGUAAGAUGGUGACACCAACCAAAGAUCAUUCCUUUUUUUUUUUUUUUUUAUUUCUUUGUUACAUAUUUUAUCAUAAUAAAACCUUUUUUUUUUUUCUUCCUUUGAUUUAAAAAAAAUAGUUUAUUGAAUAUUGAUUUUGUGUGUGUGUGCGUUUUCUAACUAUUAACUAUUUAAAUGUUGUAUCC